AUGGAAGCUGGAGUCAUGAAGGUAGGCGUAGCGAUCGACAAAAGCGACAAGGGACUGUACACUGGGGAAUCAGAACUGAGAAUUGUCCUUGUUGGGAAAACUGGCGUUGGGAAAAGUGCAACAGGAAACACCAUCCUUGGCUUUCCAAGAUUUUUCUCCCAACUCUCAGCAAAAUCACAAACCAAGGAAUGUGAAAGAGGGAGGCAGAACUGGAAUGGGAGAGAUAUUGUUGUGGUUGAUACACCUGGACUUUUUGACACGAGUAUUUGUAUGGAAGAAACUUGCAAAGAGAUUAGUCGCUGCGUUGUUGUCUCCUCUCCCGGGCCCCAUGCUAUAGUGAUUGUGCAACAGUUGGCCCGUUAUACUGAGGAGGAGAAGGAAACAGUAGCCCGGAUACAAGAUAUUUUUGGUCCUAAAGCGAUGAAUUACAUGAUCUUCUUAUUCACCAGGAAAGAAGAUUUAAACGAUGGAAAGUUAAGUGAUUAUUUAGAAGGAGUAGAUUCUGAUCUUAAGAAGUUGAUUGAAAACUGUGGCAACAGAUACUGCGCUUUCAACAAUAAAGCAGAGGGUGAAGAAAAGAAUGCUCAGGUGUCUGAGCUAAUUGAAAUGAUAGAUUGUAUGGUAGAAAAGAAUCAAGGUAGAUGCUAUAUUAAUCAAAUGUACGUCUUUGCUGAGACAUUGCUUCAAGAAAAAAUAACAGUGUUAAAGAAAAUAUAUGAGGAUGAGCUGAAAGAAAACAGAAAGAAACUAACACUUUCUUUUGGGGAGAAAUUUGAUAAGAUUGAGGCACGCUUACAGAUAGAUGAACAAAAAAUAAAGGAAGAAUAUAAAGAGCCAAAGGCUAAAGAGGAAGUUUUAAAGCAGCUGAGAGAAGAUGCAGAAGAGAAGAAGGUGGCUUUAGAAGAGACAUUUCUGAGAGAUCUGAGGACCGAAGCAGGCAAGUGUGAAGGACUAAAACAGGGAGCCCGGAAAGAAGCCCAGAAAGUGGUUACUUUCAUAGAUCAAAUUCGCAAAGCCUUUGUUGCCAUAUUUGUACGAGUCGCAGCCUGGCGAGGCUCUGAUAACUGA